AUGGCUCCUCCUACCCACUUCACUCUCAACACUGGCGCCCAAAUCCCCUCCGUCGGUCUUGGAACUUGGAAAUCUGAGCCCGGUGAGGUUCGCAAGGCUGUCGCCUACGCCCUCAAGGAUGAACUGAACCCUAAAGUCGAAAUAGGCAAUGAAAACGAGGUCGGUCAGGGUAUCAAAGACAGCGGCGUGCCUCGGCAAGACAUUUUCAUCACCAGCAAGCUCUGGAAUACCGACCACCCGAACGCAGCCGCUGGACUCCAGAAGACUCUCGACGCCCUUGGCACCGACUACCUCGACCUCUAUCUAAUCCACUGGCCAGUUCGUCUCGUUCCUAACGAUUCUCACCCUCUGCUCCCUGUCAACCCUGAUGGCACCCGCGCUGUCGACCGCUCCUGGGAUCAAAAUAAGACAUGGCACCAGAUGGAAGAGCUCUACAAGUCAGGCAAGGUCAAGGCUAUUGGUGUAGCCAACUGGUCGAUCCCGUAUCUUGAGGAACUCAAAAAGGCUUGGACCGUCGUACCUGCUGUUAACCAGGUUGAGCUUCACCCUCUGCUUCCUCAGCAUGAGCUCCGCGAAUGGUGCACCAAGCAUGGAAUUCUCCUAGAGGCCUACUCGCCCCUUGGCUCAACCGGCGCUCCUGUUAUGUCUGACUCGGUGAUCCAGCAGAUUGCUCAAAAGAACGGCGUGUCUGCAGCCACCAUCCUGAUUAGCUAUCAUGUCAAUAAGGGUACUGUUGUACUGCCUAAAUCCGUGACUGAGAAGCGCAUCACCAGCAAUAGGGAGACAAUUUCUCUUUCAGCCGAGGAUUUAACUGUGUUAGAUGAUUUGGCUUCCAAGGAGGGCAAGGCAAAGCGGAUCAACACUCCUCUCUGGGGUUGGGACCUUGGGUUUUCUGAUUGGUAUGCUUAG